UUGAAGGCCAUACAGAAGGUGAGGGCGAGCCGGGUGACGAUUGAGAAGCGGGACCCUAACAGCGUGCGUGCGAGGGAGCAGCCGGACACGGAGCGAGAGCGCGUCGAGAAACGCCUCAACGAACAUCUCAACACAGGUGGCGCCACUGACGACGCGCCGGCGUCGAAGCGAGCGCGACUCGGCGAAGUUGACUUGAAGUCAAAGGAGUUUCAGCAGAUGCUAAACAGAAAGUCGGCCCACCAGGAUACUGUAGACGAGGCGGAGGUGGAGCAACGAGACAAGUACUUUGACCUUCUCGAGAAGAAGGAGACGCUCGAAGAAAAGAUGGCCGCCACGAUGAGCACCAAGUGUGUGGCGUACACCUGCAAGAAGUGCCAAAGACGACCACUGUACAACGCCGUCGGCAUCUGCAAGACGAGCGCCAUCCAAAUCACGCGGCCCACGACGCCGAUGCAGAAGUUCUUCCAGUGCAAGGCCUGCGCCUCUAGCGGAAUGAGCGACCAUCGACAAGAUACCGCGCCUCCUGCAAGUGAUUCGACCAGCUCGCCGGCAGUCUACGGGCGCCUCAGCCGUCUGUGGGCGCCUCCGUGCCGGUUUUUAUGGAAGGAGAUCCUGCGGAGUUUUCCUCCUGCGCCACGCUGA